AUGGAGAGCAUGGGCACAACACACGUUGAUCUAACGCCGUGGGCAGCAAGUGUGCUCCCUCUAAGUACCAUUGCCAACCUGCGUACUCUACUUCUUGAGGGGGAAAAAGUGCGCUUGCCAGAUGUUCUUCGCUGGAGCGAACACGCACGGGUCGUGAAUUUCUACGGUCCAAGCGAGUGUACUCCGAACUCGACAGUGGCGACGUACACGGGCACAAAUACUGCAUGCUUCGGCUAUCUUACCUCCGGCCGAGAUGCACCAAUUCGUGGCCUCAACGAUUCAGUGGGUGCUUAUACCAACGUUCUCAUCUGCCAGCUAGACUCUUUGUGGGCCAAAGAGCCGCACGAACUUGUCCAGGAAGUGUUGCGGCAGAUGCUAGAGGACACGGACUUCCAGCAUUGCCCACUCGCAAACAUCCAACAAGCACUAGACCUAGCUCCUGGGCAGCAGCUCUAUAACAGCUUGUUGAGUAUCCAGAGACUCGAAAGCCCACAAAGCAGCUCUGGCAAAACGCCCUGCCUAACUUUCACAGCGAUUGAUGGACAGGAUCCUACGGAGUUGUCCUUGAUGUCAGACCAUCCCUUCGCGACUCUGCAACAAGCCGAUCGCAUACUCUCGGUGUUCCAGUCGAUGCUCGGAAAGAUUGUUGACAACAAAUCCGCCCGUCAAAAGCCAUCAGCUCAAGCUCGUGAGAUCUGUCGGACUGUGACAGCUGGGUCUAGCUCAGAGGAUCUCAUCGACAUCUGGACCUGGAAUGCAACGGCCCCUGCACCUGUGAGAACUUGCGUACACGACUUGAUCGCCAACACUGUCAGCGAGCGCCCCAGCGCUAUAGCAAUAUCUGCAUGGGAUGGAGAGCAAGUCACACUGUAG